AUAAGUCACAUGCUUUGGAAAAAAAUAAAAUAAAAUGAAUGUGCAUGGAGGAUAGCUUUACAUGCAACCUGGAAGUACUUCAUUGGUGGACAGAAAAUAGAUUUAAAUUGAAGUCCCAAACGUAACAUUAUCUGUAAAAGUGGUGUGAAAAAGAAUUUUAAUCUAAAGCACAAGAUUUAAAAAAAUCUAGAAAAAUGACAAAGCGAAUCACCACACUGUUAUGACAACAUUAAAAUAAUACACUUUUACUGAUGAAUUCAGUGGCCUUGUGGGAGUGUAUCUGCCUUGACAUUGGAAGGUUAUGAGUUCAAAUUCACAGUGGAGUCAUACCAAAGAGUUUCUAAUGGGACUCAGUGCCUCCCUGCUUGAUACUCAACAUGAAGGGGUUGGAUAAGGGGGUUAAACUACCAAAUGGUUCUGGAGCGUGGCUUUGUCACCGCUCCCUCAGUGGAGAACAAAUUUCACACACACAGAUGUAUGACAACUAAUGGGAGUUUAAUAACAGGGAACAUCAAUUUCCAUAUUUAGACCAAACAUAUUUAAUCUUAAACAUGAUCUGCCUUUUUCUGAAUUCACAAAUAUAGGUACAGAUGUUUAGGCCAAAAGCAAAUAAAUUAUUGGAGGCCACUGUAUGUUGGGUCUUUGGCAGCUGCAAGAAAACAAUGCUGAAACAUAAUGCAACAGUCGAGCUGUCAGCUUUUCUCUUUUCUGCUGCUUUUUCUGUCAGUGACUCAAUAGAGUUAUCUAAAGAAAGAACAUUAAUCCAGCCUCAUAUCCUGAUAUCAACCCUUUUUUGCAAUGUGUAAUUAUCACGGGGUUAAAGGAAAAAUGUGAAUUACACAGUCCUCCUUAUCUAAUAUUCAUUUUCUCACACAUCACAAUGUGUGGUGACAAAUGGCUAGAGAAGGAUUCCUUUAAUACAGUAACCUAGUGUUGGACUGAAUCAGAUUCAGAACAGAAACCAAACCAAAAAAAAAAAGAGCUUGUUUUUUCCCCCUCAAGUGCAGAGUACUACACCACAGGGGAAAGGGAACAUGAUGGUAGGGGAAGUCUUGUUAGGUGUUAUGUAACAGUAAAUAUCCCUUAGUAGAUAAAAGCCUUCCUAUCAGCUAGCCCUCUAUGCUGAUUUCUUGGUGCGAUCGGGUUCAAAGAAGUUCUUUGAGAAGUGCAUUAUGUGGAACGGCUCGGACACAAUAGCAACGUCAUAAGGAUUAUCAUGCAAUCUUGCCUGGUGUAGCAGCAGGUACCAGUGGUGGUUCACAGCAGUGCAACGUGAGAGGCGCUGGUGUUCCAGCUAAAAUGAGAAAUUGAGAAACAAAGGCCAUAAUGACUGUGCUAGUCCUGAUCCCGAUGACUGUUUCGGGCACAGCCCCCUCAUGGACGACCAUUUCGGCAAACUAAGCGAAGAGAGUGAUUUAAUGUACAAGCGCUGUGGUGCGCUAAACAAGAAAGAACACAGAGGUUGUGAUAGCCCGGACCCUGAUGCCUCAUAUGUCCUCACUCCUCACACAGAAGAAAAGUAUAAAAAAAUUAAUGAAGAGUUUGAUAAUAUGAUGAGAAAUCAUAAAAUCGAGCACAUCAGCGGACGAUCGAAAAUGUCACAGCCCACAGCGUUGCCCCAGCAGAACUUUUCCAUGCAUGUGGCCGUGCCGGUUUCCAAUCCAAAUGCCAUGUACCAGGCGGGAGGGAAUCAGGGCAGCCAAGCCCUUGCAGCAGCCACUGCCUCGCUGAGUGAGAGUGGGAUGCUCUCCCCACCACAGACCUCCGUGCACAGGAAUGCUGGAUCCGGUGGAGGAUCUCAGAGGCCCACCAGUACAGGUGGUGCAGGUGGCAUGCUGGAUACCACAGACCUUUCAGUGCCAAGUGGCUCGGGCUCCAGCCCAGCGGGGAACGGCUUCGUUAACUCCAGGGGCUCGCCGGGCCUCCUCAGCACGGCCAGCGGCAAUGGCUUGGGUAAAGUCAUGCCCGCCAAGUCUCCACCACCCCCCGGAGGGAACAUGGGAAUGGGAAGCCGCAAGCCAGACCUUAGGGUUGUUAUCCCUCCAUCAAGCAAAGGGAUGAUGCCCCCGCUGUCAGAGUUGGAGGAAAUGGAUUUGCACACCCAGAGGAUCCACAGUUCCCAGUCCAACCAGCCUCUCGCAACUCCUGUUGUGUCUGUUACCACCCCCAGCCUCCCCCCUCAGGGCCUGAUCUACUCAGGCAUGCCCACCUCCUACAACCCGGCUGAGUUCUCCAUGGGCGGCGCAGAGCUCUCCUCCCUGCAGAGCUUCAGCUCUCAUGGGCUCUCGCUCGGCUCCAUGUCGGCAUGGCAGCAGCAUCAACUGGGCCAGGCAGCUCUUAAUUCUUUGGUUGGUGGAGGCCACCUACCUCAGGGCUCCAACCUUUCCAUCAGCACCAACCAGAGCAUAAACAUCAAGUCCGAGCCCAUUUCUCCACCGCGGGAGCGAAUCACCCCCUCUGGUUUCCCCCCACAACAGCCGCAGCAAGGCUCCAGCCGACAGGAGGGUUUGGGACGGUCGCCUGCUGACAGCCUCAGCUCAUCUUGCAGCUCGUACGACGGCAGCGACCGUGAAGACCAUAGGCCGGAUUUCCACUCCCCACUGGGUCUCGGCAGGCCCCCUGCCGGCUCGGAGGACAGGGAGAACCCAUCGGUCAAGCGCUUGCGCAUGGACACGUGGGUGACAUAGAAAGCCCUCAUCCUGCCUUCAACUAGCUGCUAGCUAGAGAGAAGAAUGGUUAGUUAUGGGUAUGGAAGAAGGAAAACACAGCUACCAUUAUACUAUUAUUCAACUCACAUCAAUUUGUAAGGCUGAGGUGUAACGUUUUAUGUGGAGGCUUAGGUAAAUUCUGAUAAAGUAGAAUGAAAAAAAUGAAGAGUAGGUGGCUGGACUGAAUUCUGUGCACAAGCAGGUGGUACCAGGUACUUGGUGCAACUCAGAUCUGCAGAAGAGUUAUGUUCAUGAAAGAUUAUUAAACAAUAAGCAGUAGAAUAUUGUAGUUACUGGUCUAGAUUUACCUGUAGUUGCUUUUUUACUGUUGUACUCGCAAGUUUGCAAACAAUCAGGCAGAAAUGUGUUGCUUUCAGGUUAAAAGCGGUCAAUGUGAACAGUGUUCACUGCAAGGUCGAUCUUGAAAACAACGUAACCACACACAACCUUUAUCUCAAGUGGCGUCUUCUGUUGAUUGAUUGAUUGAUUCCGCUGACCAGUUGACAUGCAGAGUAAUGAUAAAAUCUCAUCCCAGAAGUCCUAAAAACAAGUGAGACUACUUGAGCGCACACGAAACAAAAACGUAAGAGGCUAAAACAAUAGAAAAAAAAACAUUGCAAUAAUGGUGCAACUAUUCUGUUAUGAUUUAGAAGUCAGAUAAUUACACAAUUAAAAUGAUGCAAACGUGUCCAGUUGAGCUGCUGCGAUAGUCAACAUGUGGACAUAUGUGUAACAGUUCAUCAGUAACAUAAGCCAAAGUUUUUUUUUUUGCUUUGUUAGCUUCUAUGAUUUCCUAACAGUUCAGUUGAAGCCCCCCCCCCCCCGUCUCUCAAACAGGUUUUAUUGUUUUCUACUUUUGUUGUGAUUCGUGUCAACCGAAUCUUAAAUUGAUAUCUGAAGCCAUGAACAUUUUGUUUUUACCACAGAAAAUUUGAGCCAGACAUCUUUGGUUGUGUAAAUAGGGACUUUAUUAUACAGAAGCAGGAUGUGAGUACACGCUUAAUGUACUGUAUAGUGGCAGAUUUCAAGGAAAGGUAUAUUUUUGUGGUUUACAGCCAAGUUCACUAGAGUGAACCCUUCAGAAAGAAACAAGUCACUGGUCAAUAUCUGCAUUUUUAUGUUUGUUCUUUUGGUCUCUUCUCAAUUGAAUCAUCAAGAUGACAUGUUGUGUUUUGGUUGCAGUUGGUUUAAUUUGUCUUCGUUGUGGUGAUUUGUUUGUCUUGAAGACAAGGUAACAACAAAUGCGGUGAGGUUGAAGAUCAUCUAAUAUUUUUGAGCAAAAAA